ACGAAAUUAACGAGCCUGUAAAAGAUGAUGAUAAUGAAGAAAUUUUUAUUGAAGACACUGAUAAAGAACUGGUUAAUGAUAAUACAAAGGAAGGAUACACUCAGAAGGCAAAAUUCAUACAGGAAACACUGAAGGAAUUCGUAAAUUUAUCACCAGCUGAAAAUGAAAUUUCCGACCAUUUUAAAAAUUUUAAUAAUAUUAUUAUGGAUCUACGUCCACGGUCGAAAUUUUCGGAUUCCAAACUUCAAGAAAGCGCUUUUCAUCUGGUCUUAGAUCCUAUUGAUAAUUACAUUACUGAGGAAAUUAAUGAUUAUCUGAAUGAAUUUUUCGGAGCCGAUCUUAGUCCAAAGGGAUGGGAUGAAGCUGUAAAUAAGUUAUAUUUCAAUGAAACAGAUUCUGAUCUUUUAAAAAAUGUAAAGAAAUUGAUGAAAGCCACUCUUCCAAAAUUUUUGAAGGCGUUUAUUUUGGGUGCUACCAAUCCUUUGAGAGAUGCAUCAACAUUUGAAAAGCCACAUCUUAAUCAAUUUGUUCACCCUCUCAUUGAUUCUGCUUUUUGGAUAUUUGCUAAUAUUAAUUAUGUUUUUGGGGAGAUGAUACCUGAUAAAGGAAUCAAAAUACGAGCGGAUGGAGUAGGAUUUCUAACUCAAAGUCCAAAUUACGCAAUUGUUUGUGGUGAAGGAGCGAGGCCUAAAGAAUCGGAAAAAAGUUUUUUAAAUGAAGAUAAUAAGAACAUGCUCGUACUAUAUAAUCAAAUUCUUAUAUCAGAAGUUAAAGCACGAAGAUCGCUUUUUUGUGAUCUGCGAGUAUAUGGAUGGACGGCAUCCAAAACAAACGUCUCCUUAACAAUGUUAGAUCACCGUA